GUCGUUUGUGGCCUGGGGGGCUGCGAGAAGGACUCAGCUUCAACCUAGAAGGACUCAACUGUGUCCCACCCCAGGAGGGAGCCUGGAGGGGUGUGGGCAGAGGAGAGCCAGCCCUGACUCAGGUGCUCACAUGCGCCCUCUGGUGGGUGCUGUUGGGAAGACAGAUUGGAGGAUGAGGGCCGGAGCUGGGGACCGGGGCUGAGGCACCUGCACUGAUCUAGGUGAGGCGAUGACCGGGCCGGACCAGGGUGGUGGCCGUGGAUAUGGUAAAAUGCAACCAGUUUCUAGAUAUAUUUUGAAGGUUAAGUUCACAGGAUUUGAUGACACCGUGUGGGCAUGAAACCGGGGAACCGAGGAUGACAUCAAGGUUUUUUACCCAAACACCUGGGAGGAUGGAAGUGCCCUCAGAGAAGACUCUCACUCGAUCCUAUUGACAACACUAGGCCGUGGAGUUUACCGUUACUUCCAAUUUCCAGAUGGGGAAACUGAAGCUCAGAGAAGUAAAGCAGAUACUCCAAGGUCACACAGCAAGAAGUGUCCGAGACGGGAUUCAAACCCAGGUCCUUCUCACUCCGAACCUAUGCCUGUCUUACUUUGGGGACCAACUGUGUCCCUCUCUCCUAGAGCUCCAGAGCCUCCCCAUCCUCCUUCAUUUCCAUCUCCUAUUGCCGUGACAACAAAAUGCGGUGUGUUUCGUUUCCUAUGGCUGCUGUCACAAAGGACCACAAACAUGGUGGCUUGAAACAACACACAUGUAUUCUUCUGGAGGUCAGGAGCCUGACAUGGGUCUCACGGAGCUACAAUCAAGCUGUGCACAGGGCUGUGUUCCUUCUCCAGGGAGAAUUGGCUGCCUGGCCUUUUCCAGCCUCUAAAGGCCUCCUGCAGCCCACGGCUCGUGGCCCUUCCUCCGUCUUCAAAGCCAGCAAUGGCCGCCCAAGUCUUCCUCACAUUGAGUCACUCCGAUGCCUCCUCUUCUGCCUCCCCUUUUCCCUUUAAGGACUCAUGAGGUUACAUUGGGCCCACCCCAGUUAAUCCAGAAUCAUCUCUCCAUCUCCCCGUCAGCGGGUUAGCAUCCUUAAUUCCAUCUGUGAAAGGAGUCCUCCCCUUGCUGAGGAUGGACACCACACGUUCACAGGGGCGGAGGGAUUAAGAAGUGGACUUUUUUGGGGGACAGACCCUCCCUCUGCCCGCCAUAUCCAGUGAGGUCACAAGGGCCUCUGUGACCUCAUCAAUUCCCUGGUACCCAAAUUUACAAGAUGCCCCUCCCACAUGAUUGCUAAGGAUUUGAACCUAGAUGUCUGGACCUUCCAGCUGCCAUGGGGGCCCAACCUGAGGAAGCUCAGGGGCCUUUCUCGAGGGUCCAGACCCUGUUGAGGACAGUCAAGGCCUCACUCAGCAAAGCUGAGCCCCUGCCCCCGCCCCCACCCCCUCCCCCACCCCUCCCCUGGAACCCAGGCUGCACGCAUGUGUACGGGUAUGUGUUUGGGCACGUGGGUGAAAAUAAUUUGGAGCAUCUCCCAUCACAGCAGGUGCUGGACACGGGAGAGCAGCUGAUGGUCCCCGUGGAGGUCCUGGAGCUGGAUAACGCGGGGGCCUUGUGGAAGUUUCUGCUCUCGGGAGCCAUGACUGGGGCGGUGUCUCGCACCGGGACGGCCCCUCUGGACCGCGCCAAGGUGUACAUGCAGGUCUACUCCUCCAAGACGAACUUCUUGAACCUGCUGGGGGGGCUACGGAGCAUGGUCCAGGAGGGCGGCUUCCGUUCCCUUUGGCGGGGCAACGGUAUCAACGUCCUCAAGAUUGCCCCCGAAUACGCCAUCAAGUUCUCCACGUUUGAACGGUGUAAGAAUUACUUCUGCGGAGUACAUGAGUCUCCACCCUUUCAGGAACGACUCCUGGCUGGCUCCCUCGCCGUGGCCACCUCCCAGACGCUCAUCAACCCCAUGGAGGUGCUGAAGACACGGCUGACCCUGCGCCGGACAGGCCAGUACAAGGGGCUUCUGGACUGUGCCAGGCAGAUCCUGGAGCGGGAAGGCACGAGGGCCCUCUAUCGUGGCUACCUGCCCAACAUGCUGGGCAUCAUCCCAUAUGCCUGCACCGACCUGGCCGUCUACGAGACGCUCAGGUGCUUCUGGCUGAAGUCAGGCAGGGACAUGCAGGACCCUAGUGGCCUGGUCAGUCUGUCGUCCGUGACGCUGUCCACGACCUGUGGCCAGAUGGCCAGUUACCCACUGACUUUGGUGCGCACCAGGAUGCAGGCCCAAGACACCAUGGAGGGCUCAAACCCCACCAUGCGUGGAGUCUUCCAGCGGAUCCUGGCCCAGCAGGGCUGGCCCGGGCUGUACCGAGGCAUGACCCCCACGUUACUGAAGGUGUUGCCGGCAGGUGGCAUCAGCUGCAUGGUGUACGAAGCCAUGAAGAAGACCCUGGGGGUAUAGACAGUGAACUAGGUGAUACACCCUGGGCAGAAAUGGACAGGAGGAUCCAGUGUCCCUUGGCCCCAGUGAGCCCUCCAAGCUUGGGCCCCGGGGCAGUUUUUGUCAAGAGAAGCAGGCUGGGAGCCUGGGUCAGAAGAUUCCUGGGGCCCCCUCCCCAGGGUGCAGCCGGGGACUAGUCCGGACUCCAGUUUGGCUCCUUGUGGCCUCUCCUGGCUCCAGGGCGAAAGGGUGAAUGUGGAGACCACCAGGAGUAAAGAGAUGGUUUCUGCUGGACGUGUCUGGGGAUACUUGGGUGGAGGAGGGGGGCUGGGGACCUGGAUGCCUGGGUCCAAGACAGCAGCUGGAUAUCUGAAAUCUCUGGCUCCAAGAGGGGAGCUGGGAACCCGGGCUUCCUGGAGGAGGGCUGGGCCCCUCGGUCCUGAGUGGGAACUGGAAGCCUGGAUGAUGCCUGGCUCCAGGAGAGAAGUUGAAGGCUCGGAUUGGAGCUUGGAGCUCGGCUCCCGGGACCUUAUGUGAAGCGGGUGUGGGGUGUGGAAUUAGGGUCUGGGAUCCCUCGGUCCUGGGAGCGAACCAAUGGCCCCAGACCCUUGAGUUCGGGAGGCAGCUGAGUCCGUGAGUCCUGGAAGGGAAGUGGGGGGCUCCAGAUCCCUGGGUGGAAAGAGGAGAACAGGUACAGGGGAUCCCUGGGUUUCCUCCUGCUCUCUGGCCACCCCCAUCCCCGGAAGCACCCUAUCUCCAAGGCCUCAAGCCGGCCACGUGCCCGGCCUAGCCAGCCAGGCUCCUGGGGCGCUAACCCAGACGUCAGGCCUGAAUCCCGGCAGCCGGUCGCUGCCGCCCACGUCGGCUGCCAUUCACUCCCGCUCCGGCUAAUCCCCGCUAGCCUCCGGCGGCCGGCUCCGCCCCAAUGCAGGUGCCCUUCCAUUGGCUCCCACCAAAGCUGGGCACCUUCACUUCCUUCACUGCCAUUUGUCCGAAGUGGUGUCAGUCACCUUACACCCGCCCCCGUCGCUCAGCCAUUGGCUUAGAAGUCAGGGCUGGAAAAGGAUUCUGGUUAACAGAAGAAGCAAUCUAGCCCAAAGCCAAGCGCAUCCCCCAGAACUCGUCGGGGAUUGGAUUAAAUUGACUGCCAAUCUUCACAA